AUGGCGUCUAUACUUGCAGAGGCUGUUGUUGGAAAAGUUUGCGAGAUGGCCAUUCAACAAGUAGCUAAUGAGGUGAGCAUAGUGUGGAACUUCUCGGAAGACUUUGAACGGUUGAAGAACAUAAUAAGGCAAAUAAAUUACUUUCUAGAUGAAGCUGAUGAGAAGAGCAGUAGGCAAAAGGAUUUUGUGAAAGAAUGGCUUCACAGUGUUCGUGACAUUGCGUGGGAGGCAGAGGACCUACUUCAAAUAUGUGCUGUGGAUUUUAUGUAUGCCUCUAAUACUCAGCUUUGCACUUCCAGUUAUAAUCAAUUAAUUCUUCACCAUCAAAUGGGCAGAAGAAUUCGAAAGGCCAAAGCCCGGAUGAGCUCCGUUAUAGAAGAUGGAAACCAGCUGAAUAUAGCUCAUACUCUGCUGUCUCGCAUAAGCAGCAGAAUCAUCCCAGAGACGAAAGUAUACAAGACUGGAUUUCCUGCCAGCGAUUCCAAGCCGGUGGCGAUACAACCCAAGAUUGAAAGCACGGUGAAUUUGCUAGAAAACCCCCAAUUUCCAGUUAUCGCAGUGGUUGGAAUGGGGGGGCUGGGCAAGACCUAUCUUCUUCAGCAUGUCUACGACGCCCAAAAGGGAAGGUAUGAGAAAUCUGCAUGGCUCUCAGUUUCUCAGUUCUAUUCUUUUUCCAAAUUGUUGAAUGAUUUAGCCUUCCAAUUGAGUAGAGAUUUAAGUAGGGAAAUCAAGGAGAGUGGAGUAAGUGAAGAGGUAGCAGCACAGUCGAUUCAUAACUUUAUCCUUGGGAAGAGGUGUCUUAUUGUUUUAGAUGAUGUCUGGAGGGUUACUAGAGAAGGUGACUUGAUAGCUAAACUUGGUAUCCCAACUGGAGCUGAUAAUCAAUGCAAAGUUUUGGUUAGCACAAGAAGCAGAGAGGUUUCUGCAAAUCUUAAUGCUAAGAUUUAUGAGAUGGAGAGUUUGAGAGAUGAAGAGAGCUGGAAGUUGUUUUGUGUUUAUGCAUUUCCUGAGUCUGAAGAAAAUAAAGCACCAGAGCCCCUGAAGGAGGUAGCUCUUAACAUUGUGAAGGAAUGUGCAAAUCUGCCACUUGCCAUCAAGACCAUAGCAGCAUCUUUGGCCAACACUACAGUCCCAGGAGAGUGGCAAUCCAAGUUGAGUAAGCUGAAAAAAGUAAGCGAUCCUAGCAAUCCUGUCAUGGAUAUUCUCAAAUUGAGUUAUGACUCCCUACCUGCACAUCUGAAGGCUUGUUUUGCUUAUCUUUCCUUCUUCCCCGAGGAUGAGAAAAUAGAGUGUGAGUAUCUCACAUAUAUAUGGAUGGCAGAGGGAUUCAUUCCGGCAGGAGAGAAUCCGUGGGAUUGUUUAUAUCAGCUUGCCAAUCUCUGUCUGAUUGAAGUAUGGGAAGAUGAAUUGGUAAGAAAAUGGUGUAAAAUUCAUGAUUUAUUGCUUGACUUGGCCAUACUCAUAUCCAGAGAAAAUAAAUGUGCAUUCGGUCUUGAGGAUGCCUUCUCCAAAUUGCCUUGUGUGAAUACAGGGGGUGGUCGCUGGUGUCACCUAUUUUUGGCGAAGAAAGUUAUUGAUGAGCAUGCCAUCUCACAGAGGCGUCCUGUUUCUCCCACACUUGACCGCACACUGUCGCUGUCCCACAAUGCAGAAAUUGGAAGAAAUAUUCCGGCAAUGCUUUUUGGCGGUAUGAGGGUUUUGCGGGUUCUCGAUUUGAGCUUCACAAAUAUCUCCACACUGCCUGAUUGUGUUGGAGAGAUGAAACUACUCAAAGUCUUGCAUCUAAAACAGACAGAGAUUGAGAAGGUACCAGACUGUGUGAGACGUCUUAAGAGUCUCUCUUAUCUCAAUGUCUCUUCUUCUGAAGCACCCAAAUGGAUAAGUGAGCUGGUUUCUUCAGCAUUUGGAAGGCCCGUUUGA